AUGAGGCCGACUCUCUUGCCAAAAUUCGCGAACCAUCGCCACAUUCUACGGAUUUUGCGCUCCAGGGAGAGACGCUACUCCGCAAAGGUUAUAGACGAGUCCCAACCGACCAUCAAAACAGCGGCGGACCUCAGGACCUGGCACCCCGAGACCAAUGUUCCGGAUGUCCAUCUGUGCGGAUGGGUACGCUCUGUCCGCAAGAGCUCAGGCGUCCGUUUUGUUGAUGUCACGGAUGGGUCGUCAAUGCGCCCAGUUCAGGCUGUUGUAGACAAGGCAUUGGCAGCAGACAUACGACCUGGUUCUGCUGUUCGUUUGAAGGGACGGUGGCACAAUGAAGCCGGUAUGAGGCCACCCAGCACAGAAGCAUCUGCUGUCUCAGAUACCUGCUCUAAGCACACUCAGCUUGUACUUGGAACAGAUGGAAUGGAGAGAGGCGCCGAGAGAGCCCCAAUGAUUCAAGAGCUUCAUGUCAAGGAGGUGGAAGUCCUCGGUGUAUCUGAUCCCCAAACUUAUCCAAUCCAGAACAAAUAUCAGACCCCAGAGACCUUGCGCUACAUUUCGCAUCUACGGUCUCGAACGCCACUCAAUUCCACGCUUCUUCGCCUAAGAUCUGAUGCUACCUUCAUACUCACUCAGUUCUUUUUCAACGAAAAAUUCCAGCAGACACACCCUCCCAUCAUCACCUCAUCUGACUGUGAAGGCGCUGGCGAAGCCUUCAUCGUCAAGACUGGCUCAAGGGCGGAGUUUUUCAGGGAUCCCAAAUAUCUAACCGUCUCAGCCCAACUUCACCUUGAGGCUCUGGCACAGUCUCUUGGGAACGUGUGGACACUCUCUCCUACGUUUAGAGCGGAGCAAAGUGACACGUCCCGUCAUUUGAGCGAGUUUUAUAUGCUCGAAGCCGAGAUGAGCUUUGUCAACGAUAUGAGCGAGGUCAUGGAUCUCGUUCAAAAGAUGCUGAAGUAUCUUGCACAAGGCUUAAAAGGACUACGGGCUGCAAACGAACUUGCACAGAAUAGACUGGACUCUCGAGACCCCGCCGAAAGGCUUGCCUUUGCGGAUUUGGUCGAGCAGGAGGAACUGGACCGUCGGUGGACCGGCUUGCUCUCUCCUAGUCAGUGGCCCAGAAUACCCUACAGCGAAGCCAUUGAGAGGCUUCAAUCUGUUGCCAACAUGUUCGAACACAAACCCGUUUGGGGCAGUGGCCUUCAUUCGGAGCACGAAAGAUAUCUAGCCAAGGAGAUGGGGCUUGACAAGGCGAACAAUGCCUACCUCCCAAUCUUUAUUACCCAAUAUCCCCGUGAUAUCAAGGCCUUUUACAUGCUUCGCUCGGCAUCGCCGCCGGCACAAGGCGAUACCGUUGACUGCUUCGAUCUCUUGGUACCGAGUCUUGGAGAGUUGGCUGGAGGUUCAAUGCGCGAGCAUCGCUUAUUCGAGCUUGAGGAGAACAUGAAGUUACACGGAUUAGAGGUGCCCGGUAAGAGGCAGGACACGAGCAGCGGCCUGGGUUGGUACCUAGACCUGAGGCGCUGGGGAUGUCCUCCGCAUGGAGGAUUUGGCCUAGGCUUCGAUCGCUUGCUCAGCUACUUGACGGGCGUAGCAAACGUUCGUGACGUGGUCCCAUUUCCACGUCAUUACCAGCGAUGCGACUGCUAG